UUUUUAUUUUUUUUUCAAUCUUCCUUAUUUCAUCUUUGAGUCCAUAGACUCCGACUCGCCGACUCAAUGGUGGUUCACCGUUCACUCCCUCACUGCCUCUCUCUUUUUUCCGGCGACCUCUGUUCUGUACCAAACCUCUCUCCGUCCGCGAAAGAUCGGCGACCUCUUUUUCCGCAUUGGUUUGGAGUUUGACUAAGUUAGGCGGUGCUUUGUGAAUUGGGCGUUUCGGUUUGUUUCAGAUUUGUUGGAUUUGAGUUUGGAUUUUGAAUCUGCUAAAGCUUGUGCCACAGCUGGCAUUGCUCGACUAAAGAACAUGAAUGGGGGAACUAUUGAUGUCCUGGCAUCAACGCUUUACUUCUAUUACUCUCUUAGCUAUGAAUAUACCGGUGAUAUCGCAGAAAUUAGAGGGUGGACAUGCUCCAGGAUGGCAAGAUGUGCAGCCUCAUGAUCCUCAAGUUCAAGAUGCAGCCAACCAUGCUGUGAAGAGCCUUCAGCAAAAGUCCAAUUCAUUGUUCCCUUAUGAGCUUCAAGAGAUUGUCCAUGCUAAGGCAGAGAAUGCUUCUCCAGAAAAAUCGAAAGGCGGAAAAGAUGUUGAAACUGUAGAAGCUGGACCUUCCUCGAGCAAGGAUGCUUCUUCCAAAAAAUCAACCUGUGGAAAUGACGCUGAAACUUCAGGAGCUGGACCAUUAAGCAAGGAUGUGUCCCCUCAAACUGAUGCAAGAGGUGUAAAUGAUGCUGAGUCAUCAGGAGCUGGACCUUCCUUGAGCAAGGUUGCUUAUGUAGAAAAUGAUCCAAGUGGUGGAAGUGAGGUUGAAACAUCAGGACCUGUACCCUCCUCCUUAAGCAAGGUUUUUCUUCCAUGCCCAAACCUUGAGGCUAUGAGCAGAACAUUACAGAGCAAGGAUGAUCUACCUAGCAUGUUCUUUCUUUGAAAACCAGUUUAAUUAUACUAUGAUUUUGAAAUAUGAAGUUAUUUAAUUGAUAUAAUUUACUACGUGAAUGUUUUUGUUUACUA